AUGGUGGGCACGCGCAAGUCCCUUCCGUCGCUGGUGCUGCCUUCUGAGAUCCCAGCAGAGCUUCGCAUCGAUGGCAAGAGCACUCUGCUGGGGGAGAAGCGCGACGAGGCGCCAAAGCGCGUCUACUACUGGCACGGCGCCGUCUACGAGGCCACCGCCGACACCCCUCUGGAGUGGCUGACCGAGCAGCCGGCCAAAAAGCGCAAGCGCUCGCCGUCGCCAGCACCACCACAGCCUCCUCAGAAGAGGAAGAAGAGCAACCCCGCCGCCGAGAAGAAGAAGCGCAGGAGCACCACCACCACCACUGCCAACACCGCCUCGCGGGCCGAAGAGGCCGUCACCUUCGACCUCAGCAUGGACGGAGCCGCAGACCUGAAGGCCGCCAUUGGGCGAGAGCAAGAGCGGGCGAAGAAGAAGGGCUACCGCGUCCAGAGCCUGCAAGAUGACGAGAUCAAAGACAACAUUACGGUCGGACGCAGAGACCAGCAAGAUGAAGACGACGACGACGAUGACAACAUCACACCGCCAAAUGGCAUACAGCUGCUGCAGAACAUCCACGCCAUGAGCAAGCUGAACAGCAAGAUCGACCAGGUGAAGGCCAAGUACGAGCAGAUGAAGCAGAAGGGACUGACAGCAGACGCCUUGAAGAAGAGAAAGAGAACGAUCGAAGAGCCUGAGGACGAAGACAUACUCCCAGGCAGCAGCAACACAAAGCGCGCACGACGUGACGAGACAGAAGACGACGACACCACACACCUUGACGAGCCAGUCCAAGUACCGACACCCGAUGAGACCGACCAAGACUCGUUCAUGGCACAACUGCAGGCAGCCGCCAAUGCAGCCCCAUCACAUCGUCAAGAUCGCGAGACACGCUCCCAGCUCGACAGCCAGCUUCGAAGCCCAAGCCCGACCCGCCGUACCAGAGCCAGAGCCGAAGCAGACAGAUUGACACCGGCCGGACAGACACUAGCAGAAGAAGCCGACACCUCAUCGUCAGAGAUUCCACCACGCCGUCACGCCUCAAGUGUCAGCAUGAGCAUCUCCACCGGCACAUCACCCUCCAUUCACGAAGCCGCCACCGCGCCAGCUUCCACUAUCACGAACACCAACAACACUACCACCCGCUCGUCACGUCCAAACGACCACUUCGGCAAGCAGCAGCCUCGCAAAGCAGUUCCAGACCUCGCAGAGAAGAACCGUGGCGGUCAGGCACUACGAUGGAGCAUCACGGCAGAAGACAUCACCAAGAACCCAGAACGAGCCGAGAGCUUGAUUCAGAAGGGUAGAUUGAAUGGAGAGAGCAAGCAAGCACGACGUCGCCGUGUUGCGAGAGAGAAGGCUUUUUUGCAGAAUUUGCCGUCACAGGAGGUUUGA